UUCCAGGAUUUUCUAGAAAAUUAUUUAUUAGAUAACAUUAUUAAGUCGAAUAAUAUCCAAAUUUUUCGUAAAAGCCCUUUUAUCCAUUCUAAAAACAUUUACCUAUGACAAGAACAUUUUCAUUAAAAUUUACAUUUAAUAAAUAAGAAUCUUCAAUUACACAUGUCUGUUCUAGGUUCGUAACAUCCCAUCGUAGCACACUUCAAAAUAACAACCAUUUUGCCAGCGGUGAAAAAGUAUCCGGGCAAGAGACUUGUCAAGAAAUAUUUCGAUUUUCUUUAUGGUAUUUUUUGCGGAAAUACUUGCGCUGAGUGAUUUAUUUUUGUAAUAAAAUCUUCCUCGGAGUCUUUUUUGGAUAUUAAAGGGAUCCAACCCUGGAUAGAGCGCAGAUCGAGCGAGACGCAGGCGCCCUGCCACGCGACCGGUUCACGUUGUCGGUGGUAUUUCGUGCCGAUAAGUUGGCUACCGUGUUUCUCUAAGGGUGGUCGCCCGUUUUAAACAAUUUCCGAAGCUAUUCUGGUUCCGUGUGACUUUUUUUGCUGCAGAGAAUAAAAUAAUCGUCGGUGACAAGAUCUAGGACUCUGACAAAAAGGCACACACCACAUAACACGACAGAACAGAACACACGCGCGCAAACACAUCCGUAGACGAUGGCGGCGUUCGUGGCGAAGCAAAUGGUGGGGAACAAACUGAACGCCGUUAAAGGGGCUGUGGGAGGUGACGAUGACGGCGAUGACAAAGAAAAGGAGGAGGAGGCCGAGAGGGAGCGGCUGGAGGCCAUUCGCGAAGCUGAGGAGAGACGCAAGGAGAAGCACCGUAAAAUGGAAGAGGAGCGGGAGAAGAUGCGUCAGGAAAUCAGGGAUAAGUACAACAUAAAGAAGAAAGAGGAGGUGGUGGACCCGAUCCAAGAGGAACCCAACCCGCUGAUGCGGAAGAAAAAGACGCCGGAAGAGUUGGCGCGGGAGGCGGAGGCGGAAGACGAGGACGAGCUGACAAAACUCAAGAACACAAUAGAAACGAGCGUUAACGAGCUGCGCUCCCAAAUAGAGAGUAAAUGCGUGAUGCAAUAAGUCGACGAUCCUUAUGAGCGAUAGAGAGAGAGCGAGACAUCCAGUGGCGCCGGGCCUUAGGGGGAUGUCCCCCUCGCCCCCCACCCCCACUCCCAACACUCACACGCAAAAAAAAGAAGGGGGGUGUGCCGCUACCGCCCCCUCCGUCACCUUAGAAUAAAUUGAUAUACAUAUAUAAAGUACAUAAAAAUGAUAAUUUGUUAUUUUAGUUGGUAGAAAGUGACACCUGUGAUGUUAUUUACUUAACGGUAAAAUGAACAAAAAAAAAUAAAAUAGUAGUGACUCUAGUGAUGGGCGUUCGAAAGGAAUAGGGUAUCGUAGCUUGUGUUCGAAGUAAUUCUUAAAUAGUUGACAGACAUUCAAAGAAAGAAAUGUAUAUUUCAAUAUCUUAAAAAACACCAUGUGCAAACUAUCCUGUGUAAACACAUAAAAAGGGUGAUUCACGGCGAUGGCACUUUAGUCGUUUCUCAUUUUUUUCAAUUGAGAGCUUCGAACAGAGGCUAGAAAUAUGCCUUUUCUUGUUAGACGGCGCCCAGCACGAGUAGCAAACGCUAGAAAGAGCUUCUCGCUUUCGUUUAGCGAGAAAUGUGGCAACAGCGGGUUUAGGCCCUAAAAUCCCCACCCCAUUACUCCUUAGAUCCCCUCCCCAUCCGAUUCCCUCGAAAAACCACAAAAAGAGACUGCGAUAAACAAAAAUAUCAAAACUAUUAUGACGAGCCUUUGGUUGGCUCCUCAUAGUAAUUUUGUGGUAGAUUUAAAAAACUUAUUGUUACCAUUUUUGUAGCUAGAUAAAAAACAUAGUAGUCUAAACCUAUUUUUUUGUAUCGCCAAAAUGAAUUUUAAAAAAAUACACAGAAUAAGAAAAAGGAUAAAUGAUAAAAAAAACUAGUAAAAAAAUUCGCGGAAUUUGUGUUUCGAUAUUUUUUUAAUAAAAAUUAACGAUAUAAUAUAUGGACGAAUGAAUAUUCUGGAGACGAAUGUUUGAUUUUCUCGAGAAAAUUUUCGAAAAUCUUUCUUUCACCCGUUUUUCCUAUAGAAACGCCGAGAUUAGUCAUCCAAAUUCCUUUUGUGGCUAUCGCUGAUUGUUUUCUGUAUUGUAAUGAUUUUCGUUGAUUUGAUAAUAAAAAAAUAACAGCCAUUUUCAAUACGCUUUCUGAAAAAAGUAUACAGAUUUUAAUAAUUUUUAUAAUGUAUGUAGGAUUGUCGUUCAUUUGAACAACUUAGAUUUUUUAAGAUUAUUCAUAUAAACCCAAGCUUACUAUGACACACCAGAACACUUUUUUAAAAAUCUAACUUUACAAUUAAAUGAUAACUAAAAGAAAUUUUAAUCAACUGCUGCUAGAGCAUAAUAAUCAGAAAAAUUGUCAUUUUGUGUGUUUCGAUUGAUAUGUGUCAUUUUCUCUUGUAACACUAAUGCUUUUAACCUAAAUUGUAUUUUAUAUUAUAGUAAAACAAUAGCAGAACUUGAAGUUCAAAGUAAAUUCUCGAUAAGACUAAAUUUUAUAUCAUUAGUAGUUAUUUAAAAUACAUCUUUUAAAAUUUGAAAUACUAAUACCACCUCAAAUAUAUAAAAUAAUGUAGUAUUACUUUUCUCUAUGGUUUUUAUGGCUGUAUUUUUUUAUUAUCAAACUCUAUAAUUCGUAAUAUUGUAUUAAUGCUUGUUGACAUUCUAUGACACUAUUAUUGAUUGAAUUUUGAUUGGGAGUAAUUGACUAAAUUAUUAUAUAAUAACGAUAUGACAAAAGAUGUAUUUACUGUACAUAGCAUACAUUUUUAUAUAAUUUAUUAUUAGCUCAUUCAAAGACUUUUUUACGAAAUGACGAUAUAUUUGUAUUUUAUUAAUAUUGAAUAAUUAAGAUAUGUCAAUGGUACAUUGCAAAAUUGUGUAUUAAUUAUAACUGAUGGAUUUUAUUAUUAUAUUCCUUACGUAGAAUAUCUUUGAAUGGGCUUGUUUUAAGACUUAAUAAAUGAUUGUAAAUUUAUUGUAAAUAACUAAACAGUUUGUUGAAAAAUUUCUGUAUCUUCUCAAUCAAAAUAAAAUUUUCAAACAUUAGUUACAAGAUUUCUCCCAAUCAGUAUUAAUGUUUUAUUAUCGAUGUUUUUCAGGCUUUGAUUGUUCUUCUACUGUAGCAUGAAACUUUAAAUAAUUGUUAAAUAUUGUUUGUUGAUAUCUGUUGUUGGCUUUAUCUCUUUGUGAUUCUAUGAUCUUUUCUUGUUAAAGUAUCACAGUUGUUGAGAAAUAUCAAAUAAAUAUUGGGCUGUCUUGCAAUAAAAUAUUUAAAGUGAAUUAUAAUGAACUUUUUUACUAAAAAAAUAAAUCAAAAAUACAUUAAAACAGUCUGUAUUUACAUUUUGUUAACUAUGUUAGCAUUGAUAAUUAACUUGAAUAUACUCUGUCUACUACUAAAUGUUUAAUCAUCUGCUAAUUGUAGACAAUAGUAUAUUGUUUUAUUAGGAGUAAAUAUGAUACUUUUACAGGCAAGGCACAAAAGUACAUUUUUACUCCGAAUAGAACAUGCAGUUGUUUUUCAAACGUCACAAAUAAUUUUGUAAACAAUUUCAAAAGUCGCAAGUAAUAUAAAAAGUAUUACCUUGUAAGUAAUUAUAUAUCGAACAACACAAAUGAAUACACUAAUUGAAUUCGAUACUAUGUCAGUUUAAUAAUAUAUUUUUGUACUUUUGUUCUUAUGCGUAAAAGUGCUUUACUUUAUGCCUAGGCGUUAAAAUGAUCUUUUUAUAAUGUCAAUCACGUCGAAAAAAGUCAUACUUUUGUGAUGUUUGAGAAAAAAUAUUAACAAAAUGUCUUGAGUUUGAUUUGUAAAAUCUCCUAUGAUAAAACUUAAAGGAUUUCAAGAAGUUCUUUUUGAGAACUUUGCUAUUUCUUAACAAAUGAUUUAACAACAUUUAACCUAAAACAUAACAAACCAUAUCUGUAGCUAAAUAAUAUCGAAAACCCAUAUUCAUAAUACAGAAUAAAACGAAACCAGAACUAAUUUAUCACGUCUAAUUAAUUUUAGAUGUCGAAUUUUAAUCAUUUGACAAAAAGUUUCCAACAAUUUUAAUUAACACAUCAUUUUAAACAUUUUCCCGGAAAUUUUUCUCCGACGGCAAAAUUAUUUUCCGUCAGUAGUUCGCACCGCUUCAAAUCUCAACUAUUUUACCUAUAAAAUGGAUUUUCGCAAGUUUUGCAUUUCCCAGAGCAAAUCUAUUUUGCCAUUGAAAUUUCGACGCGGCGGAAAAAUUUAAUAAGGAAUUUUUCUAGCUCAACAAAUAUGCGGGAUAGUUCUUUGAAGUCUCGCCUAAAUUAAAAAAUUCUAACGAAAAUUCUCCCCUUAUCGAUAAAUUCUUCGUUAAAUAUUGGGUUAUCGGGUUCUUUUUCUCAAGAUUAUAUGGUAAGCUAAUGAAUAGGCUUUUUAGCUAUACCGCAUUUUUCUAUUAAAGUCUGAAAAUUUUCAAGGGCAAUUAAUCUUCUACAAACUAAACUUUGCAGUUUUUCAUUUCAAGCUUUUUUACUUAACUAAAAUAAAAAAUAAUGCGAAAAAUAGAGAAAGUAACAUUUUUAAAAGACACCCAGGUAAAAUUCAUCAUAUUAAACUCAUUUAAGAUAUAUUUACAAUAAUUUUAAGACAAUAAUAAGUAUAACUUAGGUCAUGUACAUAUUUUGAAAUCAUACAUGUAUUCGAAAUUUAUAUUGUUUCAAAGAAAUUAUACAAUGUAAAUAAUUUAUCAGGUAUAUGGCGGGAAAUGCAAAACUUCUUUUACUUCAUUCGUCUGUUCUAAAAACACAUUUUCAAUGGACAUCACAGAAAGAAAAUGAUGGCUCUUUUAUAAUGACCAUAAUAGAGGCUUUGUUAACUCUGUAAAAUGAAACAUAAUGCCCAUAAUUAUUAUAGAUCUUUAAGUAUUUUUUUUAUUUUAUUGUAUAAUUAACUUAUACACUCACCGGUACGAAAAACGGGCACCUUAAAAUAUGGAUAUAUUUUAAAGUUUAAUAUAUUUU